AUGGAAGUAACGGCAGAAGAGGACGGAGUCAGUAAUGUCUGUAAGGGAUCGUCGGAACCAGUAUCAAAUAAAGAGAGGACAACAGUACAGAAAACUGAAGCUGAGAUAUCACUUCAUCCUUUGGUUAUUAUGAACAUAUCCGAGCACUGGACUCGUCUCCGCUCGCAGAAUGCUGAUCGCCAGCCUGUCCAAGUAUAUGGAGCAGUGUUAGGCAAACAGGUGGGAAGACAUAUGGAGUUAAUCAAUAGUUUCGAGGUGAAAUUGAAUAAUCCUGAUAAUGGUUCACUAACUUUAGAUGAAGAAUAUUUCAGGACAAGAGAGGGCCAAUGUAAGAUGAGUUUCAUUAAAUUAUCAUUUGAAAAUAAUAUUGAUUUUUUUCUUUUAUACGAUAUGCAUUUGCAUAAACAAAUUGUUCAUAUACGGGAGUCACCAGUUAUGGUUAAACUGGAUCCUCAGUCGUCUAAUGGGGAUAGACUGCCAGUCGCUGUGUUCGAAUCUUUGGUUAAUCCUGCGGACGAGUCUUCUAUACAGUGGCAAAGGAUACCCUGGACUCUAGCAAGCGAACAAGCAGAACGUAUUGGGAUAGAUCACAUUGCCAAAAUUUCUACUACAGCGAGAAGUUCAAAAUCUCAAACCAGUUCUCAAGUGGCUGGCCAGCAUAGUGCUGUGAAUAUGCUGCAAGCUCGAUUGCAACUAAUACAUGAUUACGUUGUUGCCGUUCAAGAAAAGAAGUUACCCGCAAAUGAAGCGAUUAUUCGCGAAAUCGCGCUUUUAGUUCGAAGGUUGCCAGUGAUGGAUUUUGAGCGGUUUGACGAAGAGUUUGGCGAGCAGUGUAUUGAGGCAAAGCUUACUCUCCAUGUGUUGUCAAUGGCAAAAAUUUGUGGCAUUCUGAAUAGUGCAAUUCUUGGGUUUCCGUUGAUGGCUUUGUUAGGUGGGUUUCGUUCACGGUUGUUUGGUCCAUGUGCGAGAUUUGUAUUUUUCCAAAAAAGGUUGGCACAAAGCGCGCCUUCGGCGGAAAAGAAGGGGAUUUUUGGGAUCGACCUUCUGACUGAACCUUCUGGGUUCUCCUUGUUGAAUAAAGUAGUAGUUAAAAGAUGUGAAAGCAUCGUAGAAUCGGUGGGUCUUUAUGGCGACAUCCUAAGUCCUAACAAGAAGGUGAAGACUGUUAAGCUAUUUGACGAUCUUUCCAAUGAAAUUUGUUGCGCUGCAGACGUCGCAGAAUGUGUCAGGUCCCUCCAUUCUAAAUCAGAAUAUGUUGCUGCUGCUGAAAAGAGCAUGCGUGAUUUCACUAUUCUUGUUGAAAGUUAUAACACUGAUGCUCGACUUUAUGAAGCUCUGAAGAAAUCUUUUGAAACUGAACGUGAAAAUUUGAGCGAUGUCGACUGCAGAACCCUACAGCUUUUCUUGAAAGAUUUUGAACAGUCUGGGGUUCACUUAUCGUACGAAAAGAAGGCUCAGUUUGUUAAAACAAGCGCUGCGAUUUUUGAUGCUGGGUCUCGUUUUAUGGCUGAAGCGGAAAAGCCAGUUAGCGUUAAAGCAAUGGAACGGAAAAAACAUAGUGUUGGUCGCUACCUUACAGGGCCAGUAGCCACCACAAUCUCAACUACGCUCAGGAAAUGGUCUUAUGCUACAUAUUAUCGUCACAGUCCCUACCAGGAGGCUCUUUUGCGCCAACUAGUUUCAUGUAGGCAUCGUUUGGCUCAGCUCACCGGUUUCAAGAGCUAUGCUCAUCGCGCUCAACUUUUUUCUAUACUUGGAAACUAUGACAACGCACACGAGUUUUUGACUACAACUAUAAAGGCAUGUAAGCCUGCUGCUGAACGUGAACUGGCUGUUUUAAUGGAUGUAUUAGCUCAGUGUGAUUCCGAUGCUGAGAAAAUUGGAGAGUGGGACUUGCAGUUUUUAUGUUCCGUUUAUCGGAGGAAGGUUUAUGGCGAUCUUCAUGCGGAAGCUUGGUACGAAUUGAAAUUUGUUGUGACGAAACCAUCUGAGGAGGAAAUUUGGCCGGGAAACAUCAUCAAACUGGAUGUGCGAGACAGUGAUAAUGAAACCCUGGGCUUUAUUUAUUUAGAUAUCGAAAAUAGGCCCACAAAAAAUAUAGGCCCUUGUCAUUUUACCGUUCGGUGCUCAAAAUUGCUGGACGACGGUAGAACAUUUCAAACACCAGUUGUUGUAGUAUCAGUGCCAUUUGCGAGUGAAUUUCAAGAACUUAACCAGGUUUAUUUGAAUGUGCAGCAGGCCGAAAAUUUCUUUCAUGAACUUGGCCAUGCUUUACAUUCCAUACUGGGUCGAACAGAGUACCAACAUGUUGCAGGCACAAGAUGCCCAACUGACAUGGCGGAAGUACCUUCCAACUUGAUGGAGUAUGCCUUUAAUGACAUAAAUGUAUUAAGAAAAAUUGGAGUGGAUGAUGAAGGGACGCCUAUAGGCAUUGAUGAGGCAGCUUCAAUGAUUGCAUCUCGGUUCGCAUUCAGCUCUCUUGACAUAUUGCAGCAAGCAGUCUAUAGUUUGUUUGAUUUGGAACUGCAUGGCCACAACGCUGAAGGGAUUAUUGGCGGUAAAUUUACAACCACUGAUCUCUUUUCAUCCAUUUGGUAUACUGUCUUGCCUAAUGUUGCCCUCGCUCCUAAUUCAGCUUAUCAUCAUAGGUUCACUCACCUAAUACCCUAUGGUGCUAAAUACUAUUCCUAUAUAGUUGCAAGAGCUGCGGCUUCACUGAUAUGGAAUUCUCGUUUUCACGACGAUCCGUUCUCGAAAAAGGGCGGAAAAAUUUGGGCUAAAGUACAGUCAUAUGGCGGCUCUAUGCCAUCAAUCAACCUUCUGGAGAUGGCACUUGGGUAUGUUCCUACGAAUAAGGUUCUUUCGGACGCUAUUAGUAUGGAAGCAAACUAUUCUUGUCAAGAUACAGCGGUUAGUUUAUAG